GCUGAAAUAGAAUAUAUUAUGGGAGCUUGUACUUAUUUGACUAUGUUAAUAUAGUUAUUGUAUCAGUGUAACCAACUCUAAGAGUGUUACAUAUAGCUAUCUUCAUCCAUGCGGAGAUAGUUGCGCCAAUCGUCAGGUUCUAACCGCAGCUCUUCAAGUAAAUUAAUAUGAGAAUAUUGAUUUCGAUUCAAUAGAGCUUUUUCUUCAGUUGAUGUUCCUUUCUUUUUCUAACACAAAUGCACGCCAAUGCUACUAAAUAUAACUCAUCAUCUUGGCUCGACAAGGUUGACAAAACUAAAAUCGCGAACAAUACUGACACACAACUCUGUACAUGUGGAUAUAAAAAUAGUCAACCUACAUCAAUGUACGGAACAUCAUGUUUUCAUGUCUUAAUACAUGUGCAACUGUCUAUAGGCAAGCGCCUUUAGACACAAGAAAUCAAAUGUUUCUAAAAAUUUCCUAAUGCCUGUUCUUGAAGUUCCGGAAUUCUCGACGAUAAUAAGCAUCAUCUGACAACGCCGCCACGUAUGUGUGUAUGGUGUAAUAAUAGAAAUUAAUUGAUAUAUAAUAUAAAAAUUUGUUUUGACAGCGAGUCUUGCCCGAGUUCAUAACGGACAGCGUUGACAGCAAUGACCUUGGCCUUGUUUUGGAGCAACAGAUUGUAAUGUUUUUUUAUGCAAACAAAGGCGGAAAACGAGGGGCAACGCGAAAUGGAAAACGAGGAAUGCAGAAUAUGCUUGACUGUGGUGGACGGGCCGUCGGUCAGUGUGCAGAAAGGGUUUAUGGACGAAAAGACUGUUCUGGAUGCUCUCUUUGAGUGUGCCUCCUUGCAGAUAUCCGAGUACGAAUGUAACUUGCCGCAACACCUUUGCGAUCGCUGCUACUCUCAGUUGCGAGAACUUUACGAGUUUCGCCAGUUGAUUAUUCGUACCAACAAGGCCCUCGGGAAAAAAUAUAAUGAAUCUUGCUCAGAGAAACGAUGUUCCGACAACAUCGAGUGCAGGACCCGAAGUGACUCGGAAGUGUCAGGUGGUUGUUGCCGCGAGGAAACAGUUGAGAAGCAGGGCUUGGGUUCUCGAAAGAAAAACAGCUGCUCGGAGUGCGGCAAAAAUUUUAGAAAACCCAGCCUGUUAAAAAUGCAUUAUGAUUCUCAUCACCUUGAAAAAAAGUUCAAUUGCGAGCAAUGCCCCAAGAGGUUUGGAACGGAUUAUUUGCUUCAGCAGCAUCGCAGGAUCCACACUGGAGAACGCCCAUUCCGGUGCGAAAUAUGCGGAAAGGCAUUUACUUCACGCAGUACACUUUGCACCCACCGGAAAAUACAUGGGACUGAGAAAACCUACAUGUGCGAAUUUUGCAGCGGUGCGUUUUUGACCACUGAACGUCUAAAAUCUCACAUAAAACGGAAACACACUGGACCAAGGGAGCGGUUUUUGUGCGAAAUAUGCAGCGGCAGUUUCAGCGAGAUGGGCGCGCUGGCGAGACACAAAAAAGACGUGCACGAUGAGAAAGAAAUGUGCCCAAUAUGCAACAAAAGUUUUGGUCCUAGGAUACUGAAAGAGCACCUCCGCAGGCACAGGGAGAAGGAACUGGGCAUUGUACCCCCAAAACCUUACGUCUGCGAGGUGUGCGGGCAGAAAUUUCAGUAUGAAGCAAGUCGGAAGAGACACAUGACAAUUCACGAAGGGGCGAAACCUUAUAAGUGCGGGGUGUGCGGCAAAUCCUUUAACCAGCAAUCGACGCUGACGAAUCACAAUAGGAUACAUUCUCAGGAAGUGCAGUUUGGCUGCAAUCACUGCGCCAAACGCUUUCGAUAUAAACAUCAUCUCAAGAUGCAUGUUCUGAAUCACCAUAAGAUUGUAAAUCCACCCGUGAAAAAAAAUAAUUGAAAAAA